AUGUCUGAACAGUUUACUAACGUUAAAUCAGUAUUUCGUAAACGAUUUUCUAAUCUUUCAUCAGCAAUUACAAAUCGUUUAUGGCUUAAUGCUGAUACAAAUUAUGAAUGUGAUGUUUUAUUAACAUUUCCAGCACGUAUUGAUGAUCAUGUGAUAAUUUGGUUUCUUGAAAAAUUCAUUCAACUUCAACCAGAUAUUCGUAUAUCUAUUAAAUAUCAUUUUACUACUGGUGUUUAUGGAUUUUAUGUAACUUUUACUUAUGAAAGAAUUUUGAAGGGUGCUGAUACUCUUCAAUUAGAAAAACCAAUCAAACAAGAAUUUGGUGGAGGAUAUCGAAUAUUUUCGUUUGAUGAAUUAGAAUUUUAUGAAGGUGUAGAAAAUGAAGAAAAAUUUUUAAGUUCACAAGAACGACAAUCAAUUGUUUUUCAUCUUCUUUAUUCAAUAAGAAUUAUUGAAAAUGAAAUAAUAAAUAGAAUUAAAUUUAAAAUUGAUCAGUCAUUAAUUCAACGUGGUUUAGAAAAAGAAUUAAUUCGACAAAUUAUUCCAUUACAUAAUAAAGAACAAUUGAAUUAUUUGAGAGAAAUAUGGGUAUGGCCAAAGAAUAUUAUUACACCACAACCAAUUGAAAAAAUUCGACAAUAUUUUGGUGUUAAAAUUGCACUUUAUUUUUGUUGGUUGAGUUGUUAUACCAAAGCACUCUGUCUUCCAGCUCUUUAUGGUAUUUAUAUUUGGUAUUAUACUGGACAAAGUCAGGAACUUGAUGAUAAACUUUUUAUCAUAAAUUCUCUUUUAAAUAUCAUAUGGGCAACAGGUUUUCUUAUAUUUUGGCGACGACGACAAGCUGAAUUAGCAUAUCAAUGGAAUACACUUGAUAUGGAACAAUUAGAAGAAACACGCGCAACAUAUAAAGGUACAUUACGUCGAUCACCUGUUACAAAUAAAUAUGAACCUUAUUAUCCAUCUUGGAAACGUUUAUUAUUUCGUUUAUUUGUAACUAUACCAAUGCUUAUUAUUAAUAUUGUAUUGGUUUCAAUUCUUAUUCUUAUUAUAAUUCGUUUUCAAAGUUGGAUUGAUCGACAAUUAAAAGUUGGUCGUUUACCAUCAUUAAUGUCAUUAACAGAAUUAUUACCAAAAAUUUUAUUAGCAUUAGUAACAACUGUUUUUGAUGAUGUUUAUAAAUAUGUUUGUCGCUGGUUAACAGAUCGAGAAAAUUAUCGAGAACAACGAGUACAUGAUAAUCAAAUGAUUGCAAAAAUGUUUGCUUGUGCAUGUGUCAAUUCAUAUUUAAGUGUUUUCUACAUUGCUUUCUUUACACAUAAAAAUAUUCGAUUAUCUGACCAAUUAAUCACUAUUUUUGUUAUAAAACAAUUUUGGGAUCAUAUAAAAGAAGCAAUUAUACCAUAUAUUGUUUCAAAUACUCGUUUAUCUGUAUUAAUUGAAUUAAGUAAAAAAGAACAAGCUCGAUAUGCUGAACGAAAAGAUCUAAAUAAAAAACUUAAAAAUAUUCUUGAUCAAUUGAAUAAUUCGAAACAAAUAAAAAAUAUUAAUGAAAUUUCAACUGAGAAUUCAUUUAGUUCACAUGAUUCUAUACCAAGUUUUGAAACAUUAUCAUUAUCACAAGCAGAAAUUGAAUGUUUACAACCAAAAUGGCCAGAUUUAUAUGAAGAUUAUUUAGAAUUAGUUAUACAAUUUGGUUAUAUUAUAUUUUUAUCAACAUUAUUUCCUCUUGCAGCAUUUUUUUCAUUAUUAAAUAAUAUUGUUGAAAUUCGUGCUGAUGCAUUUAAAUUAUGUAUGAUAUGUCAACGACCAUUUUCACAACGUGUUAAAGAUAUUGGUCAUUGGCAAAAAAUUAUGGAAUAUAUGGUUAUUGCAGCAAUUAUUGUUAAUUGUAUUUUUUGUUCAAUACGUGGUGUAUUUAGACGAAUGUUACCGGAUCUUCCAUUUGCUGCAGAAAUUUUUUUACUUAUUUGUAUUGAACAUCUUCUGAUACUAAUUUGUAAAAUAAUUCGUGCAAGUAUUGAAAAUGUUCCUUAUUGGGUUCGAGUUGAAAAAGCUAAAAUGGAAUAUCGUCGACGUGAAGCACUUACUAAACUUGAAUGUAAUGCUUUACAUUUAAAAGAUAAUAAUACUCAAGCAAAUACAACAUAA